AUGGCAACUGCAACUAUGGCCACAGCAGCUGGAGCAGCUGCUCUUCUAUAUUACACGCUGAACCGGAAAUUAAUAGCGGGUCCAUCUGAUGUUGACGAUGAGAAUUCUGAAACUUCUGCUACUCGCGCUUCUUUGAGGAUUGACCGUGUUUCGCAUAGACUUAUUCAAGCUCCAGCAACAUGGUUGGAAACAAUUUCUACUCUUUCUGAGACUCUUCGUUUUACUUACUCCGAGACUCUAGGGAAGUGGRCAAUUGGAGAUCUUGCUUUUGGCAUCAAUUUCCUCAUCAAGAGGCAGGGACUUCUACAUGUUGAUCGUGUCUUUGGUGGUGAAGAUAGUAUAGAGCUCAGAGGAUCAGAAGUAGCCAAUGAACUCAGAUAUUAUUUGCACUUAUUGACAUUGUGUUGGCAUUUCUCCAAGAAGCCAUUUCCUCUCUUCUUAGAAGAGACUGGCUUUACAAAGGAAAACGUCCUUAUUCACGAACCUAAAGCUGGGAUAUUGAAGCCAGCUUUUACGGUUCUUGUCGAUCACAAUACAAAAUGUUUUCUAUUGUUGAUCCGUGGAACCCAUAGCAUCAAGGACACCUUGACUGCUGCGACAGGAGGAAUCGUGCCUUUCCAUCAUACUGUAGUAAAUGAGAGAGGGGUCAGCAAUUUGGUCUUAGGAUAUGCACAUUGUGGUAUGGUUGCUGCUGCUCGGUGUAUAGCAAAACUUGCCACCCCAUGUCUUCUCAAGGGCCUGGAGCAAUAUCCAGAUUACAAAAUCAAGAUCGUUGGGCACUCCUUGGGCGGUGGAACUGCUGCACUUUUAACAUAUAUUUUACGGGAGCAAAAAAUGCUCUCUACAGCUACCUGUGUUACAUUUGCUCCAGCUGCUUGUAUGACCUGGGAGCUAGCUGACUCUGGGAACGACUUCAUUGUAACUGUCAUUAAUGGAGCUGAUCUGGUGCCUACAUUUUCUGCUGCAUCGGUGGACGACUUGCGCGCUGAGGUAACAGCGUCUGCUUGGCUAAAUGAUUUGAGAAAUCAAAUUGAACGGACUCGAAUCCUCAGUACUGUUUAUCGGUCAGCGACAGCUUUAGGAUCAAGACUUCCAUCUAUGGCCACCGCCAAAGCAAAAGUUGCUGGCGCUGGUGCAAUGUUACGCCCAGUUUCUAGUGGCACACAGGUUGUGAUGAGGAGAGCUCAGAGUAUGCUGACCCGUCCUGCACUAAGCUUGUCUUCUUGGUCAUGUAUCGGACCCAGGCGCAGAGUCCCUGCUACUCUAUCAAACUCAGAACAUCAGUUAGAUUCUUCUGAAGCAAUAUCCCAAGUUAGACCAGAAACUUUAGACACUCUUCUUGCUACCACGAGUAGUGAUUCUACAGAUGAAAUAAUCACGGGGAAAUGGAAAUCAGAAGCUGAGUGUUCUAACUACAAUGAAACAACUGCUCGUCUUGCAGCCACUGAUCUUGACGAAUGCGAGGAUCCAGCUGAAAUCGAAACACUCGAAGAGCGGAUGACUGAAGCUGAGCUAUGGCAGCAGCUGGAGCAUGAUCUUUACCACGACGACUCUUCAGAGCUGCCUGAAGAAGCCGACGUGGCAAAAGAAAUCAAAGAAGAAGAAGAAGCCGUCAUCGCAGAGGCCGGUGUGGCACAGCCAGAGAUCCGGACGCCUGAGAUGAAAGAAUCUCACAGAUUCCUUCCGCCGGGGAAAAUUAUGCACAUUGUCACGGUCCGGCCUGAGGCUAACGAAGAAGAAGAAGACGGUUCCACCCCCGAGAGGCCAGAGACAGUGGAGACGGUAGAGGAAGGUAGAGUGGGAGUCUUUCUGACGCCGAGGUCAUUGUAUAGUAAGGUGAGGUUAUCGCAGAGGAUGAUAAGCGAUCAUUUCAUGCCUGUUUACAGACGACAGAUCGAACGGCUAAUACAAGAACUGACAGUUGAACAUCCUUAA